AUGCCUCCCAACGCUCCGCUUUCGACGCCAGUCCCUCCACAGUACCGACGCAAUCUGUAUAAGCGGGAAAUACGUCUAGCUCUUAUUUAUAAUGGUAAAUGGCAAGACCCAAUCUCAUGUGUUUUCAAGUACGCAAUGAUCGAGAGCAAUGAACCACAAUCUUAUUCAGCACUCUCGUACGUUUGGGGAUCAUCCCGGGCUACGGAGACUAUUCAAAUCGAUGGACAUGACCAUGAUAUCAGCAUUAAUCUCGCUUGUGCUAUUCGUCAUCUGAGGGACGAGAGGAAUUCUGUUCUCAUUUGGAUUGAUGCAUUGUGUAUCAACCAAUGCGAUAUCGGUGAAAGAAGUUCCCAAGUUGCCAUGAUGCGUGAUAUUUACGCAUCUGCACAACACGUAACUGUGUUUUUGGGUCAUGGCUCUUACCAUAGGAUCCCUAAGAACUAUGUAACGGACCGCUUGCUCGCUCCCGUAAAAUUCUCAAACGACCAUCGGGAUGACUCUCUGAUCACUCAGUUUCACAACUCUUGGGAGACGAUGUGCAGGCGCGCAGAGUGGUAUUCGUUUUGCACUAUCUGCGUCAUACGAGCCCUAUCAGACAUUGAUCGAUACAGCGCAACGAUUAAGUGUAUUGCGGAUGGAAAGCCUUCGUCUCGGCUAAAGCUUUUUGAGCUUGUUCGACGAUUCAUCAACAGUCAAUGGUGGCAGCGUGUGUGGGUUAUUCAAGAGGCCACAGUUACGUCUCAAAUAUUUGUUCAAUAUGGCAAUGUCAAAGUGCCAUGGGAAGUGCUUACGCGCUCUGCAAAUAUAUGUGAUAGCCUUGGCUGGGGUCGGCAGGAUACAGGAUCAGAGCUUUUCCUAGGCAUCGAAAGAGAGCACGCCAAAGUCCUGCCAGUGCUUUCAAAGCAAAUAUUUGAGAUCGAACGACUACGUAUGGAGUGGGAUGACGGCAAAGCAACGACCCUUUUGUCGCUUUUACAAGAUUUCUCAAGUCGUAGGGCCACCGAUGACCGAGAUAAAGUAUUUGCUCUACUCGGCCUCGCGAGGGAUAUCAAAACGAUCAUGCCAAAUUAUUCACUGAACACAGUCCAAAUCUAUCGAGACACCAUCAUUAAUCUCAUCAAACACAGUGGCUCGCUGACAGCCCUUUCCGGGGAUAUGAAAAGGAAAAACAGUGGCGGUAUUCCAUCCUGGAUUCCCGAUUGGAGUGUUGCAAUGGAAGAGCCAGAUCGUCGGCGCAUGCAACUUGAUGGAUUGUACAAGAAUUUCCCGGAUUGGCGGAUCGCAUUGAUCGACCGCGAAUUUGACUACUGGGUGGCUGUGACAAUGGAUAUGCAUAGCCUCUACAGAGAGAUAGAAAGCGGCAAAAGAAGACCGAUCCCAAAGGACAUUGUUGAUGGCCUAAUUUCCUACGAGAGGAUUCUGACAAAAAUCUACAAGUCAGAGCCGAUAGAUAUCGAAAUUCUCGAUUGGCCAAAGAUACGGGCCAUCAAUCAGUGUGAAUCACUCUACAGGCAAUUUCAGCACGAUAGCUGGACCUUCUGGUGCAGUAUAUCAAUUGAGACAGUUAUCGAAGCACACCUAUCCCUACCACUGGCACUAUCUUUUGGAGAGGGGUACAGACUGGAUAUUCUCAGGUGCUGCUCGAUGAUAUACUGUAGAAGGGCCCUUGACUUUUGGCUGAAAAGAGUGCAGUAUCUUGAAAUAGAGCGGUACGAAACAAGUCCCUUACUGAUAUCCGACGAAGAGAAAGAAGAGAUUGUGGCAGAGCAUUGUGAGCAUCCCACCAUCGAGAUUCUCACAUCUAGGGAUGCUGCUCGGAAGUGGGUUGAAAACAUGCGCAGAAAGUUUUAUACAAUGGCAGGACACAUCACAGACCAGGCUUCGUCGUCAAUAAAGUUGGAAGCAACUGAUGCAACUGUCGCCCUGGAGAAAGACCGCAUUUUGGAUGUGUCCAUGACAUUUGGUUAUGAUCAGCAAACACCUGCCAAUGGGGGGCUGCUAACUCAAUUGUCUCGUCUAAUGCGUGUGGCUUCAGGAGUUCUGAGCCUCUGGACAGUGUCUGAUGGUGCAUUUGAAGCAGUGCAGCACGCCAAAGACGCCUGCAAAGAUGCCUGCAAAGACCUUAUAAAUUUACAUCGCAACAAGAAUAUCAGCACCACCGAUCAUGACUAUGUGGCGCUGUUUUCAAAGGCUGUUGUUUUCAUGGGCCCAGCGACAUGGAUGCGACAUCUGAGAGAUGAUGGUGAUGGCCAACCAAAAGUAUCUCUCUACGAAGAACACUUUGUGAACUUCAGGAGGGAGAAGAAAGAUGAAGUAUCCAGAGAAGGCGAAGAUGCAUUGCCUAUAAGCUCAAAGUUCAUUGAUAUUGUCGACCAGUGUACUGAGAGGCUGCUCACCUGGGUUGAUCCGGCCUCUCGCAUUUUUACGAUCAGUCAGUGGGUGGUAGUUGCGCAGAAGCUAACAGAGCCAGAUUUUGCUGUGAGUUUUGUUAGAGCUCUUGUUGGGGACAUAUAUGAGGAGUCACCUGGCAAGUUUCGCCGGCUUGGUCAACCUGAAAUCAGACUAGUGCAGAAGUGGUUUUUGUCAUACCUACUACCCCAGCUUUGUGAUAUGAAUCCAGAGGUGCAUGGCGAGCUUUGGAGAAAGCUUUUGUCUGAAGGAGUUGUGUUCGAUGCGGAUUUGGAUGACAUGAAGCUAUUCGAUACCGAGAUGAGGCUUACCACUGAAGGGAGGGUGUUUUUCAUUACAGGAGACCACAGGAUGGGGUUUGGACCAGCAUCAAUGGUAGUGGGGGAUGAGAUAAGACUUCUGCCAGGUGGUAACAGUCCGUUUGUGUUACGGCCGGUUGGUAGGAUCGGAAUCAAUUCACAGCCUUCAUAUGAAGUUAUUGGAGAUUGCUUCUUUCUGUUGGACUCCGAGGAAAAGGAUAAUGGCGAGGAUGGUCUAUUGCAAGGAUGUCUUCCUAUGGAGAUCCUGAGUGAGCUUCUUCCAACAGGUUAUAGGUCUAAUGAUAUUCUCUUAUUUUAA